AUGACAUUGACAUCUGCGAGCUCUGACUGUGUUAGAGGGGUUGUACGAAUGGACUGUCCUCCUGCGACUUGUUUCACCAGAGUAGGAAGCUUGCAGCGUGAGAACGGAGGCAGCGGAUGCACUACAAUAGGGACUGUGCGACAAGCUCAUGGCAACCUCAUGCUUUUUGCGCUCUUCCGUCCUAAUCUCUUCAUCUUCAUGAACUCUCAUUUGCAUUGAGUGCACAUUCAACAGCUGGAGACCUCCCGUCGCUUUAUACGUACUCGUUGAAUCAGCUUCCCAGCUUUGCGAGCGACGAUCAUCGCUCGGUGUCAGUCCUGUGAGUUGCCGUGACUUGCCUGCAGCAAUUCAGGAUUCUGUGCCUCCUAACGACCCACUGAUAACCCUUUGACCCCCUUUUCUCCCUUCCUUUCUCUCUCUUUUAGCUGUCAUUGUCACAUCAAGCAUUGACCCUCGAGCACCAUGCCGUCUACCACAAGCUCUCGCUUGAUUUCCUCCGUCUCCAGCUUUGACUAUUUAUCGUCCUCUGGUCAUUCUCGCGAAGGGAGUGACUCAUCGGAGUCCUACAUCACUCUCUCAGAUGAGGUCUCCUCUGAAGAGGACGAGAUUUUACUCUCCUUUUCCGAAGUCUCUUCUUCCGCCGGAAUCAUAUCUCCGGCUAUUUCGCAAGGCGCGCAGUCGCCAAACACUUUUUCAGAUGACGAUUACGUCGUUUUCGGAGGGGUCAGGACGCCUGAAGGACAUUUCGACUCCUUUGCGGCCGGGGGAAGCGCAGUAGCCAAUGUCGAUUCUAUCACCGAGACUUUGGCGCAGCUGGAGAUCAGGCAGAGGAGAUCGAGGAAGGCGAGACGAAAUGCACAGACCAGUGCAAAUAGCGAUACAGCCAGUGUCCGACUGGUCUCUCAGCCUGCUUCGCCGAAGAGAAAUAGGAAGCGACGAAAUGCUGCUGUCAAUUCGUCUGAUGACGAGGGGUCACUUCCUGAUGUCUCUGCUACGCCCUCACCCUCUCCUCAUUCGAAUUCGUCUUCACCGAAGCCAAAGAAGAACAAGAAGAAGGGCAAGCAAGGAGUUGUAUCGGCAUCUGCUCCUGGCCUCGUCUCCAAGAAGUCGGAUUCGUCAAGCAAGUCAUCGAAGAGCCCGAAAGGUACACCUACUAAGACCGUCGUCGCGUCCAAAGCUGGAUUAGGCGAAAGGCCCAUCGUGGACGAUGUUUCUGAAGCGGGUGAUUACAAGGUUGUUACAGCUGGCUAUGAGGAGGCCGUUCAAUAUGUGACGUCCGUAUUAUCUGACCCUUCACCGAAGACCAACAGCAACCUCACGCUCUUACAUGCUCUGAUCGUCGAGCUUGGACUCUGCCCAGGCGCAACAUUCUCCGUCAUCACAAAUGCGGCCGAGAAUCUCCCCCGUUCGCUCAAAGCGGCCAAAGCUCUCCUGAAAUCCAAUGCUUUCCUCAACGUCCGAGAUUACCUCGCCGUUCGUCACAAGGGAUUAGACGCGCUUCGAAGCGUCAUGCACCCCAACCGCAAAUCCUUGCAAAAGGAUAUAAGGAGCGGUAAGAAGUCGGAUAGGCGCGUGCCGAGGGAGUACGUCAAGCAAUCUGGGUUGGGUGUGUUCUUGGUUACUUGCUACUAAGACAUAAGACACAUAAAGGUAAGUAAGUGUGGAUGGUGGUGAUGGUGGCGGGAGAUUAUCUUCAGACCGCAUGCUGUGUCCCGGUUCUUUCGUCACAUUCCUGUCGCCCAUUCUUUCAAAGCCUUAUAGUUCAGUUCGAAUGUCCCCCCUUUUUCGAUUCAAAUUUUUUCUUGACAACACCAUCUGACACCUUGAUUUUUCUGCCCGAGCUGUUUAUUCGACGUCUUAAACCAAAUGUACUUGUAACUUCUCCUUCAUCAUGCCUUCCCUCAUUGUCCCAUCCCACACUCCCUCCGUUGUUCAUCUUUUUCUUGCUCGGUCCGAAUAAACGUGUGCAGUCACUCCUUGCUCUUUUCGUUAACCAAUAACCCUAACUCGGUGUCCUACAUAAACGUUUUGUGAAUAGUACGAUUGGUUCUCAAUGCUAGCUCAAUGCUCGAUUCCAAGCGGUAGACACGCAGAUAGAC